UCAAAUGUAGUACCCAGUAGGCUACGCAGUAUGCGAUCUCGGACGCAGUUCAGGUCUUUCUUCCUCUCGUCGCUUCGCUCCAGUUCAGCGGGAGGCGCUAAACACACACGUUUGUUUGACAAACACAAUUAAACCUCAGAGGGAGAAGUUCAGUUUCACCGCGCUCUCUGUCGUUGUUAUGUCGGUGUGCUGCCUUAAUACAAACGGUUAGACAAGUUUCUAAGAGAAAAAAAAAUACAGAUUUUGAAUCAGUUCAGUAAAUACCUGUAAUAUUCUCUUCCUCACAGUCGUGACUGAGUUUUGAAGCUUGAGUUUAUCAUCUGAACUGAGAUCUGCUGCUGUGAAGAUGGAGUUUGUGAAAGAGGAGAGAGAAGAGAACACGAGUGAACCAGAAACCAGCACAAUAAAACACGAGGAACCAGAAACCUGGAGCACAAAACACGAGGAAACAGAAAUAAAACACGAGGAACCAGAAAUAAAACACGAGGAACCAGAAACCAGCACAAUUAAACACGAGGAAACAGAAAUAAAACAAGAGGAACCAGAAGCCAGCACAAUAAAACACGAGGAACCAGAAAUAAAACACGACGAACCAGAAACCAGCACAAUAAAACACGAAGAAACAGAAAUAAAACAAGAGGAAACAGAAACCUGGACUAUAAAACACGAGGAAACAGAAAUAAAACACGAGGAACAAGGAGAAUUCAUUGAAGAAAAAGAGGAAAAAGAAGAAUCAAGUGAAGUUGAGGAGAAAAAUCAUGUCAAAAUUGGCGGAAAACUUUCCCAGUGUGGUAAGAGUUUCACACAAUCAUCAAACCUCAAGGAUCACAUGAACAUCCACACUGGAGAGAAGCAGCACGCAUGUGAUCAAUGCGGUAAAAUGUUUUUAUGGGCUUCACUUCUGAAGAAACACUUGAAAGUUCAUGCAAAGAAGAAGCCACAUUCAUGUAAUUUGUGUGGUAAGAGUUUUUUGCAUCUACAAAGUUUGAAAGAACAUCAGAAAAUACAUACUGGUGUGAGAGAGUACAUGUGCUUUGGGUGUGAAAAGACUUUUAUUUCAUUAAGCAAAUUAAAACUGCACGAGAGGAUUCACACUGGAGAGAAACCUUACAAGUGUUCACACUGUGACAAGAGAUUCAGUCAAUCAGCAUAUCUGAAAACACAUGAGAGAAUUCACACUGGAGAGAAACCUUACAAGUGUUCACACUGUGACAAGAGAUUGAAUAAUUUAUCAAAUCUGAAAACACAUGAGAGGAUUCACACUGGAGAGAAACCUUACAAGUGUUCACACUGUGACAAGAGAUUCAAUCAAUUAUCACAUCUGAAAACACACAAGAGGAUCCACACUGGAGAGAAACCUUACAAGUGUUCACAUUGUGACAAGAGAUUCAAUCAUUUAUCAAGUCUGAAAACACAUGAGAGGAGUCACACUGGAGAUAAACCUUACAAGUGUUCACACUGUGACAAGAGAUUCAGUGAUUUAUCACAUCUGAAAACACAUGAGAGGAUUCACACUGGAGAUAAACCUUACAAGUGUUCACAUUGUGACAUGAGAUUAAAUCAUUUAUCAAGUCUGAAAACACAUGAGAGGUUCCACACUGAAGAGAAAAUGUAUAAGUGUUCACAAUGUGACAAGAGAUUCAAUAAGUUAUCAUAUCUGAAAACACAUGAGAGGAUCCACACUGGAGAUAAACCUUACAAGUGUUCACACUGUGACAAGAGAUUCUGUCAGACAAGAGAUCUGAAAAAACAUGAGAGGAUUCACACUGGAGAGAAACCUUGUAAGUGUUCACACUGUGACAAGAGAUUCAAUAAUUUAUCACAUCUGAAAACACAUGAGAGGAUUCACACUGGAGAGAAACCUUACAAGUGUUCACACUGUGACAAGAAAUGCAGUGAUUCAUCAACUCUGAAAAUACAUGAGCGGAUUCACACUGGAGAGAAACCUCACAAGUGUUCACACUGUGUCAAGAGAUUCAGUAGUUCAUCAAAUCUGAAAACACAUGAGAGGAUCCACACUGGAGAGAAACCUUACAAGUGUUCACACUGUGACAAGAGAUUCAGUCAGACAAGAGGUCUGAAAAAACAUGAGAGGAUUCACAAUGGAGAGAAAAUACAUCACCGCAACGUACCUGGGAAGCGUUUCAUUAAGUCAUCUGUUAUACAAAAAAAACAAUCAAAGUAAGGCCCUGUACAUGCGGAGACACAUUUAGUUGUAUAUGUAAAUAUUUUGUAUGGUAUAUGCGUUUUGUCCAGACGGAUCCGGCAUUCGGGGCAGUGAAAAGGCAAUUUUUUUUUAAACCAGGUCCCAGAGUGGAUAAAUCUGAAAAUUACACCUUUGGGGUUUUGUGUUCUGCCAAUCCAUAUAUUUUGUGAAACAAUGAUGUCAUCACCCCACAUCUCUACUAUAUUCAGACACCAAAAAUUAUCCAGACUCCAGGUAUAAUUUUUGAAAUGCAUAUUUUACUAGUAGGUACUGGACACUAAUACAUGUAUGUAAGUGAGUAUAAGGAAACUGUGACAUAUUAUACCCAAAGAAUCUUCAUACAGUGAACUACUAGUGAAAUAGAUAGAUAAAAUCUAACUAUAUAUAAAAUUGGGAACAAAAAUUAUUUAGCACCUUAAAAAGCACCAUGUAUUGCUUAUGUGUGUUUUUUUUUUCUGAAUUGCUAAUGCAACCUUUUCACACCACAGUCUGAACAAAAUGAAGCAUUGCUUGGUAAUUGGUCAACAAAGUAUUGAUAGUUGUGUAAAUAUCGUCAUAAUAACAGUUGUCUGUAGUUUUGGUUGAUUGUAAUCCAUUACGUACAUUUCUAUCAAAGUUAUGACAUUAUCCAGAUGAAUUUGUUCUUACAGAGUUUAACUCUAAAUUCUUGUCAUAUUUUAUAACCAUUUUAGAAGCAAUAGCAAAUAAACUGUAAUAAUGUGAAGGUGUCGGAAUACAUUUUGGUUUGAUUGUAUAUUUAAUUUUUACAUUGAAGACUAUCCAGUGCUAUUUUACAUUUAAUUAUUCAGUUUCUGUCCCUUGACACCUACAAACUUAAAAAAAAACGUAAACAUUGUGUAAAUAGCAAAAAUAAAAAAAUGAACGAACAAACAAAUUAAACCAUUUCAAACAGGGCCCACUGUACAACUUUCAGCGGGGCCAGGCAAACCCCAGCUACGGCCCUGCCUGUGGGUGUUGAAUACUGUGACCAAACAGAAAGUAAUGCCAUAAAAUAAUUGUUAAUUUACUAUGUUACUUUACAAUGUUACAAUUGUUAAGUGUUUCUGUGUUCUUGAUCCUCAAGAAAAAGAAGGCGAAGGCUUCAGUUUCUUAAUCUUAAGAAAUAAUAGAAUAACUCUUUAAAUAAUAAAACUUGUUACUUAGAAUGAAAGUCAAUAAUAAAAAAAAGAAUUUUGAAAGGAAUUUUAAUGACUGAAGUUAUUAAUCGUAAUUCGUGUAGGUCAUAAAUUAAAAUGUUAAUGGUCAUAAAAAGGUCUUAAAAAGUCUUAAAUUCGACUGAAAAACCCUGCAAAAACUCUGAAUACUGAGGUGCUAAACCAUUCAGGGCUUUAUAAGUAAUAAGCAAUAUUUUAAAAUCUAUACGAUGUUUGAUAGGGAACCAGUGCAGUAUUGACAGGACCGGGCUAAUAUGGUCAUACUUCCUGAUUCUAGUAAAAACUCUUACUGCUACAUUUUGGACUUUUUGUUUACAAAGCGUGAAGAUGCAAUAAAGAAUUACAAUAAUGAGGUGAUAAAUGCAUGGAUUACCAUUGAGAGCAUAAGCCAUAAUUUAGAUAUAUUUUUGUGAUGGAAAAAUGCAGUUUUACAAAUGCUAGAAACGUGGCUUUCUAAGGAAAGAUUUCUGUCAAAUAGCACACCUAGGUUCCUAACUAAUGACGAAGAAUUGAUAGAGCAGCCAUCAAGUCUUAGACAGUGUUCUAUGUUAAUACAUGCAAGAGUUUUUAGGUCCUAUAAUUAACACCUGUUUUUUUUCUGAAUUUAGCACUAAGAAAUUACUCAUCAUCCAGUUUUUUAUAUCGACUAUGCAUUCCAUUAGUUUUUCAAUUUGGUGUGUUUCACCGGGCCGUGAAGAAAUAUAGAGCUGAGUAUCAUCAGCAUAACAGUGAAAGCUAACACCAUGUUUCCUGAUGAUAUCUCCCAAGGGUAACAUAAAAAGCGUGAAGAGUUGCGGCCCUAGAACUGAGCCUUGAGGUACUCCAUACUGCACUUGUGAUCAAAUUGUUUUAAUUAAUAGUCUAAUAAUGAACCACAAAUUACUAUAAUUUUAAAGAAAGGGGAAAUCCAAAGUCUUUUAAGUUUUCUAUUACAAUACAGAUAAAACAUGUUCCUUAUUCAUACUGUUAAUAAAAGUUCAAAGUUUAAUAUAAGAGAAUGUCAUCCCACUGUUUUAGCCUGUUUUGUUGUUAAUAAUAAUAGGAUAAUAAUGAACCACAAACUAAGCAUUCGUUUGAAGUAAGGGGAAAAUGAAGAUUAAUUAAACAUAUUUUUGUUGAUGAUAACUGAUAUAUGAGAGAUUGCGAUUAACUGAGAUGUCUUUUAGAGAUUAAUGAAUGCAGCGCUCUUUGGUGGGAUUUCAUCAAUUUCAUGGAGAAAAAAAUAAAGUAGGUAGACAACCAAAAUGGUUAAUACCACCACAAGUUCCGCCGCCACAGGGCCGCGGCGUUAACUGCAAGUCAGUCGCAUUAAAAUCAUUAGCAAAACUACCGCCAGGUGGCGCAAAAAGGAAUGCAAUGGGAACGGAAUGUAAUUUUAAAAUGUUGGUUUGUAAAUGGAGAUGAAAUGAUGAAGUGAAACAACAAUGACAUUAUAAUAUAGCAUUGUAUCAUGCUGAAACCAAAUUGUUUCCCUUUUUUUUUGGUUACUGUAAUCUGCUUAAUGUCACCCCGUCCCAUAUACGGGACGCCUACGUUGACUAUACUAUAUUACAAUCAAAUUUAAUCUAAUCUUGACAAACUAUAUAUCGUUGGAAAGGUCUAAGACUCCCAAAUAUAUAUUAUACCAAUAUUUUUUGUUAAAAAAUUAUGUAGGAAAAGUAAUAGAUCAAUUCAUGACAAGAGUGCACCCUCAGAAAUCUACAUUACAAAAGGAGCUUUGACCUUUGUUUAAAAAAAAGACUUCCUCGUUGCCUUUUUCUUUAUCACAUCUUAGAAAUCAUCAGAAGUUAUAUAUCACUUGAAAACAUAAAAUCUCAAAAUUCAUCCUUCAAAACCCAUUUUAAAAUCAGACAUUGCAUUACCAUGUAAAUGGUACAUCAAAAUCAUGUUACAAAAUGUUUUCAGUCAUGA